UCAGCGCAGUGAAUAUUAUUCAUUUGUUGUUUCUACGUCCGACAUCGUCCUACAAUCAUGAUUAAAAAUAUUAAUAAUAUUUUCUCUAUAUUGUUGAUGUUAACUUUUAUUGGUUGUAUAUAUGCUACACUUAAGGAUGAUUGUUGGGCUGAAUUGCGAACUGGUGGUUUUUUAAAAUAUGUAAGAGGAAACGGGUAUAUUAACAAAGAUCCAAGUGAAAUCGAAAGUAUAAUAAACACAGAGUGGAAUGGCAGCAUCCCUGCAGAACAUGAAGAUAAAACGUAUAUGAUAGAUUUCGUCAAUUUUUGCAGUAAAUACCCAAAUUUGAAGAAACCAAUAGAAUUUUGUAUAUCAUAUGAAGAAGUCGGAAACCCUAAUUUAAGAUAAUAUGAUGGUUAAAUGUAAGAAAAUUCGUACAUUAUUAAAUAAGACGGUUUUUAUAUUGUGGUGAUUUAUAUAAUUGUAUUAUAUAUUUAUUACUUAUCUUAGAUAAUAAUACUCAAAUUUUAUUUGAUAUUCUAAUAAUAUUGAUUUAUUUAAUAAAGCAUAAUUAUUUUUCUAUAAUAAUAUUAUAUUAAGAAUUAAUAAAGUCUCACCAUCAUUAUAUCUUA